UUUCCUCACAGCCUUAGCAAUAGAGUAUGUUGUCAUAACUUGGAUUUUUGUUAAUUUGAUAGGGAUAAUCAUAAAAAAUGAAUUUUAAUGUCUGGAGUAUCAAUGAAAUGCUUAGUGUUUCUUCAGGCUCUGGGACUACUAGGUCAUCUAACUGGAAUAGUAAUCAGACUGAUUACUCCAGCCUCAGUGAUUCCCAGUUCCUCUUUGGAUCUCAGUUCUGUCCAGAAAAUUUGGAGACCCUCUCAGCACCUUUGGACUUUGGUACCAACUUGAAACAUCCAAAACAGUCACAACAGAAUUCUCUAGAUGUGAAACCUAGUAUUUUCACAAAGUACCAGACAAAACCCCAGCUGUUUGGAGGCAAUUCAAGGAAUGGAGGCCUAUUUCCUCUUCCUUUGUCAGCUGGAAAACCAAAAGGCCUCUCGGAACAGUUUGAGGAGAAAAAGAAAAGGGCAAAAGACAAAUGUGACAGUGAGAGUGUAUACAACUUUAUUUCCCAUUUCAGAGAAAGCAUUCACAUGUUGCAGACAUCUGUGGAAAAGGCUGAGGAACAUCUCAGUUCAAGAAAUCAAUCUAUUUUGGAUUCUUUGGAGACUGUGGUCAAGACAUUGCAAGAGACUGCACGUGCCCAGAGUGACCUGGUAUUUGAGGCAGUGCGGGACAAAGGCAGCAUGGAGCAGGCCAUCCUUGAGAUGCAGAAGACAUUUGAAGCUAGACAAGCAGAGUUUGUAGAAAUGAAAUCUAACCUGAAGCACCUGGAAGUCUUAGUUGCCCAGCGGAGCAAGGACUUACAGCAGCUAUGUGAGCACCUAGGCCAGCUCAAUGAGCCCAGUGUUCUAGCAGGUCUGGAGAGAUUGACCUCAGUGCUUCAGAUGCCCAGGCAUGUGAAAAAUAGCACCUCCCAGACCUCACCAUCUCUGGCUCAGGGCCUCAAUUUCACCAGGCAGGAAAAAUUUGCCUCUGAGGAACCAGUUAUAUGGCAGGCCCAGGCUUUCCCUGCUGCCUGGAAUCCUAGUGCAGGCUUCCUGAAGCCUAGAGAAUUAGGUGUCUGGGGUGAAGGAGCAAAGAGUAAUGCUGUCCAAGAAGAGGCCACACUGCCAGCAGCUGAGCCUUGUAAAGGAAAUGGGCAUGUAAAGCACAAGGAGGUGCUGAUUAACUGCAAGCAUCAGCUUCUGACUAAAACAGGACCUGAGAACCAUGGCUUCAGCAUCCCAGGCCACCAGGUUCCUGGUGACAGGGACCUGGUCUUCCAAAGAACCUCAAAGUUCAAGCCCCUGGACUUAAACAACUUUGCAACCAGCAUUAAGAAUCCUAACCAUGAAUAUCAAGCCAAAGGUAUAUUUUCAUGUGACUCAUGUGAACAAAAGUUGCUGACUGAACUGAAAGGCAGGACUGUAGAAAGAGGGAAAAAAGGUAAGAGGCAGCAGCCCAGGAAAGGCCGCCGAGGCAGGUUACUAGCCAGGAAGCAAGAACAAACCCUAAACAAGCCCUGUACUUUCAGUUCUAAAAAUCAGAGUCCUCCACCUCCAGUUUCUGACCUACAAAGGCCCCUCUUGGGGCAGCGGGAACUUCUUGUGCAUCCCUUGUGUCUUCGAGGCCCCAGGAGUCCCAGGAGCUCUGUAAAGCCAAGCUGUCCUGCUCUGGGAGGGGCAAUCACACCCAAUAAGACAGCAAGGGCAGUGCAGAGGAGCCUCCUACAGGUUGAUGAGCACUCUUCCCAAGACAACAACUUGCCUUCCAGCAGCUCCGGGGGGGACUGGGACCACCAGAUGAGCUGGUUCAGUGACCUCAAUCUCGGAAGUUCAGAGUCCCCUUUGUGCAAGGAGCCAGGGAAGAAUCUACUGUAUGACCUGGCUUUUGAUAGCAGCGAUGAUGACUUCUGAUUAGCCUACAGUGAUGUCAUUGAUCUCA